GAGGAAUAGCCUCAACGGUUCUGGAAGAAGAAGAAUCUUCUGGAACCUCCAAUCCCACGAUAAAAAUCAAACCCUAAACUCUUACAUUCAGCUCUUUGCUUUACCCACACCUUAUCCCAAAACCCACCAAGGCUCUACCGGAACUAAAACCCUCCGACCUCCGCUGCCUGAGUAUGGCGUCUGCUAAUGCUCUUUCUUCGGCUUCCAUUCUAUGUUCUUCUCAUAAGAGCUUGAGGAAGGUGAAUCAAACGCAGAGAAACAGAGUAAAUUACAGACAGGCUGGUAAUAGGUUUGUUGUUAGAGCUACUGCAAAGGAGAUAGCGUUUGACCAGAGUUCUAGGACUGCACUUCAGUCUGGAAUUGAUAAGCUUGCUAAUGCAGUCGGUUUGACUCUUGGACCUAGGGGGAGGAAUGUGGUGCUGGAUGAGUUCGGCAGCCCCAAAGUAGUUAACGAUGGUGUGACAAUUGCUCGGGCAAUUGAGUUGCCUGAUCCCAUGGAAAAUGCUGGUGCAGCUCUAAUUAGAGAGGUCGCAAGUAAAACUAAUGAUUCAGCUGGUGAUGGGACGACAACUGCCUCAGUCCUCGCUAGGGAAAUUAUCAAACUAGGCCUUCUCAAUGUUACUUCUGGAGCAAAUCCAGUAUCAAUGAAGAGAGGAAUUGACAAGACCGUGCAAGGAUUGAUUGAAGAGCUUGAGAAGAAGGCCAGGGCUAUAGAAGGCAGAGAUGAUAUCAAAGCUGUUGCUUCUAUUUCUGCUGGAAAUGACGAGCUUAUAGGGUUGAUGAUCGCUGAUGCCAUUGAGAAAGUGGGUCCUGAUGGUGUCUUAUCCAUUGAGUCAUCAUCUUCCUUUGAGACCACUGUUGAAGUUGAAGAAGGGAUGGCGAUUGACAGAGGCUAUAUUUCUCCUCAAUUUGUCACAAACCCUGAAAAGUUAAUUGCUGAAUUUGAGAAUGCACGAGUGUUGAUUACAGAUCAGAAAAUUUCAGCUAUAAAGGAUAUAAUUCCUAUAUUGGAAAAAACCACACAAUUGAGAGCUCCUUUGCUUAUCAUUGCAGAGGAUGUCACUGGUGAGGCUUUGGCUACCCUUGUUGUGAACAAGUUGCGGGGUAUUCUAAAUGUUGCUGCCAUUAAAGCUCCAGGCUUUGGGGAAAGGAGAAAGGCCAUGCUUCAAGAUAUUGCCAUUUUGACAGGUGCUGAGUUUCAAGCCAAUGAUCUUGGAUUGCUUGUAGAAAAUACUACAAUUGAACAGCUGGGUUUGGCCCGGAAAGUGACCAUCUCUAAGGACACCACUACAAUCAUUGCUGACGCUGCUUCAAAAGAUGAGCUACAAGCGAGGAUUGCACAGCUAAAGAAGGAAUUGGCUGAGACGGAUUCUGUUUAUGACACAGAGAAACUGGCUGAAAGAAUUGCCAAAUUAUCUGGUGGUGUUGCUGUCAUUAAGGUAGGAGCUGCGACAGAGACUGAACUUGAGGACAGGAAGCUCCGUAUUGAAGAUGCAAAGAAUGCAACUUUCGCUGCCAUAGAGGAAGGGAUUGUCCCUGGUGGUGGUGCUGCACUGGUCCAUCUCUCAACUCUUGUUCCUGCGAUCAAGGACAAGCUUGAAGAUCCGGAAGAGAAGCUAGGUGCCGAUAUUAUCCAAAAGGCUUUGGUAGCACCAGCAUCCUUAAUUGCCCAAAAUGCUGGAAUUGAAGGGGAAGUAGUGGUGGAGAAGGUCAAAUCGAGUGCGUGGGAAAUCGGUUACAAUGCAAUGACAGACAAGUACGAGAAUCUUGUUGAGGCCGGUGUUAUUGACCCAGCCAAGGUGACCAGAUGUGCCUUACAGAAUGCAGCUUCAGUUGCUGGAAUGGUCCUAACCACACAGGCUAUUGUAGUUGAAAAGCCCAAGCCCAAGGCCCCCGUCGCUGCUCCACAAGGCCUUACCAUUUAAUUUCUGAGAAUUCUUCAUCUUCCUUUUGUAGGACAUAAAUCAUCUCGACAACAUGAGCUUCUGGCGGCGUGCAUUCAUCGGAAACAGACAGCAAGACAAUAAGAGGACGAUGGUAACGCUGAUAUGUGAAUGCACUUUUUUGUAAGGUUCCCGAAACUUCCAUUUGAUAUUGUAAGAUUACUGAAUCAAUUGGAUCUGACUUUUACGAGUUUUCAUUGAAAAGAAAUUAGUUUUGAUGAAUUGCCCUCAA